CAUACUUUUUAUUAUGCUUUCAACAGAAGAUGAGGCUGUACCACCCCAAGUAAGAAGUGUUCCCAAGAUUGAUUUGACAUUAUUUACUACAGGUGAUGGUACUGUUGUAAGUACGAAAGAAAGAAUCAUCAAAGAGGUGCCGGCACCAGCAGUACAUCUACCUACGGAUGAGCAAUUUUGGAGCAAUGAAAGACCUGGUUUACCUGAUAUUAAUUUUUUAAAGGACCACUUUUAUCGCGAAGGAAGAUUGUCGGAAAGCCAAGCAUUGUAUAUUCUUCAAACAGGAAGAGACAUCUUACGAUUAGAAAACAACUUGUUGGAAAUUCCAGCACCGGUUACUGUAUGCGGCGAUAUACAUGGUCAAUACUAUGAUCUUAUGAAACUUUUUGAAGUGGGUGGAGAUCCAGCGAAUACAACAUAUCUCUUUUUGGGUGACUAUGUGGAUAGAGGCUAUUUUUCGAUUGAGUGUGUUCUUUAUUUAUGGAGUUUGAAGAUUUGGUAUCCCAAUACCUUCUUUUUGUUACGAGGAAACCAUGAAUGUCGACAUUUAACCACUCAUUUCACCUUCAAAACAGAGUGCCGUCACAAAUAUACUGAACGCGUGUAUGAUGCAUGUAUUGAAUCCUUUUGUUCUUUACCCUUGGGUGCUGUUAUGAACAGGCAGUUUUUAUGUAUUCAUGGUGGUUUAUCACCCGAGUUACACACCUUAGCAGAUUUUGAUACCAUUGACCGAUUCCAAGAUCCUCCGACUCAUGGAUUGAUGUGUGAUCUGUUAUGGGCUGAUCCACUUGAAGAGUUCGGUGAAGAAAAAACACCUGACUUAUUUGUGGAUAACCGUGUAAGAGGAUGUUCUUAUUUUUUCACAUAUCCCGCUGUAUGUGCAUUUUUACAAAGAAACAACCUAUUAUCUAUUAUAAGAGCACACGAAGCGCAAGAUGCUGGGUUAGUAAAAAUUACAUAUCAGCUACCUACAAACAAGGUCCUAAUUGUUGGUUACUUUAGUUACCGGAUGUAUAGAAGAAACAACACAACUUCUUUUCCUGCUGUCAUGACCAUAUUCUCUGCGCCCAAUUAUUUAGAUGUGUAUAACAACAAAGCGGCUAUUUUGAAAUAUGAGGAUAACGUAAUGAAUAUUCGACAAUUCAAUGCAACUCCUCACCCUUAUUGGCUACCUCAGUUCAUGGAUGUGGUCGAAUGGAGUCUACCGUUUGUGGGCGAGAAAAUUACAAAUAUGUUAUUAGCAAUUCUCAACAUCUGUAGUAAUGAAGAGCUAUUAGCUGACAACAGUCAAGAAAAGAAAAAACCCAAACAAAUUGUGGAUGCCUCUACGGCGGAUGAAAUUGAACAACGGAAGAUGGUGAUCCGUAACAAGAUUUUGGCUAUCGGUAAAAUUUCGAGGGUAUAUUCUGUGUUGCGUGAAAAUUCUGAGCGUAUCACUGAACUGAAAUCGUUGUCGCCCAGUGGAAGAUUGCCGUUAGGUACAUUAGCAUUGGGUGUGGAAGGCAUUAAAUCAGCUAUUACGUCAUUUGAAGAAGCUAAAAGAGCAGAUCUGGAAAACGAAAGGCUGCCUCCAUCUGGUGAAGUAAGAGAUGCCAUGAUGAAAGAAGAGACGGAUACAAAAAUAAGGAACGCUGUAGAAGAGGAAGAUACUGAAUUAAGUGAAGUCGCUGAUGUUAUCAUGAAGGACAUAUAAAUUUAAUUAAAACUCCACUUUUUCUGCUCUCUCUUUUGUUUUUUAUAAUGUUUUCUCAAUCAAGAAGAGCAUGCGAGCACUCAACCAUAUAAACUAUAUUAUAUAUGAUUCACUAAUAAAUAUAUUGCUCUCAACGAAUCUCAAAA